AUGGAAGAUGAAGAGCGCGCUCAUCGUGACGCCCAUUUUCAAGAAGAGUUGGAGUCUCUGAAGACAAGUGUGGCUCGCCUCACUAGCUUACUCGAGCAAACACUGAGAAAUACCUCUGGUGAAGGUCCUUCUAACCCACCGGUCACCUUUAAUCAGAUUCCAACAAUAGCUCAGCCCGAAGAAAGAAUGAGUGAACAUGGUCAAGAGCCUCAACAUAAUCCAACAUUUGUGCAGUCAGCAACACCUGCACCAAACCCUGUAGUCAUGGAUGCAUUUGCUAACGAGUCCCGCAAGGCCAAGUCAUCUGAUAGCAUUGAUCAAGAUAAGAUGGAGGCGCUGGAAGCUAGACUCAGAGUAAUUGAAGGGGUAGACUUAUAUGAUCCGGUAAGGGCAGCGGAGAUGUGUCUAGUCCCAAAUGUGGUUGUCCCGAAGAAGUUUCAUGUUCCUGAGUUCAUCAAAUAUAGUGGAACACAAUGCCCCAUGACUCACCUCAACUGGUACAUGAGAUUGGACAACACAAAGAUCCGGAGAUGGAAAGAUCUUGUUGAGGCUUUUGUCAAGCAAUACAAGUACAACAUGGACAUUGCUCCUGAUAGAACUAGCUUGUCCAAUUUAGGGAAGAAGGAUAAAGAAAGCAUAAGGGAAUAUGCUCAAAGAUGGCGAGAAUCAGCUGCUCAAGUCCAUCCUCCACUUCUGGACAAAGAGAUGGUCACUUUAUUUGCCGACACACUUAAAGCGCCAUAUUACGAGCAUGUGAUGGGUAGUUCGGCUCAACAAUUCACUGAUGCUGUAGUAGUGUGCGAACGCAUAGAGCAAGGUGUCAAGAGUGGUAGAAUUUCUGCACCCAUCGAGAAAAGAGGCUUUGAAAGGAAGGAGGUCAACCAUGUUGGAGAUGACUAUAGGGGUAGCAAAAACACAUUCCAAAACUAUCACACUCCAUCCCAAAUUACUAACAUCAACUCUUCACCUCCCACCAAAAAACCCGAGCCCCAAAACUUUCAAGCCAAAAGCCAAAUUGGAAAUUACCAAAGGGUCCAAGAACAACUACCUCCAUUACCGCUGCCCCUGAAUGAAAUGUACCAAAAGCUAUUAAGCAUCGGACAUGUAGCUCCCGAACCUCUAGCGCCUUUGCAGCCACCUUACCCCGGCUGGUACAAGCCAGAGCUCACUUGUGAAUACCAUGCUGGUGUUUCCGGACAUAGCAUUCAUACUUGCAAUGCCUUCAAGAGAAAGCUUCAGCAAUUAAUCAAGGCAGGGUGGAUAGCAUUCGAAGACACUCCUAAUGUGAACACGAACCCUCUACCUAAUCAUGCUUGA